CGCAGCUGGCCGGCUGGCGCCCGGGCAGAGCGCGCGCGGAGGCUGCGGAGCUGAGGCAUGGAGCAGCAGCUGCAGGGCGAAGCCAACCACCUGCUUCCUCUGGAGAGGCAGCUCCAUGAGGCCACCCGCCGGAAUGACAUCAGAAGGAUGAAGGAGCUGAUCGGCAGGAGAGUCAAUAUCAGGGCCAGAAACCACGUGGGCAGGGUGGCCCUGCACUGGGCUGCAGGUGCGGGGCACGAGCAGGCUGUGCGGCUGCUCUUGGAGCACGAGGCUGCUGUGGAUGAUGAGGAUGCGGUACGGGACUCUAAGGAGGCAUGGCUGUGUUUUGGAAUGAACGCGCUUCUCCUGUCUGCCUGGUUCGGCCACUUACGGAUUCUUCAGAUCCUGGUUAACUCUGGGGCCAAGAUCCACUGUGAGAACAAGGAUGGCCUUACCUUACUGCACUGUGCAGCCCAAAAAGGCCAUGUGCCAGUGCUGGCGUUCAUAAUGGAAGACCUGGAGGACGUGGCCCUGGACCAUGCUGACAAGUUGGGAAGGACGGCGUUUCACCGGGCAGCUGAACACGGGCAGCUGGAUGCUCUGGACUUCCUUGUGGGCUCUGGCUGUGACCACAGUGUCAAAGACAAGGAGGGGAACACAGCCCUGCACCUGGCUGCUGGCCGGGGCCAUCUGGCUGUGUUACAGCGACUCCUGGACAUCAGGCUGGACUUGGAGGAGAGGAAUGUGGAAGGUCUGACGGCUCUGCACGCAGCUGCUGAAGGGAUCCACCCCGACUGUGUGCGGCUCCUUCUGGAGGCUGGGAGCAGCGUGAACGCCCUCACCCAGAAGGAACAGAGCGGCCUGCACUACGCAGCCCUUGGAGGCUCUGAGGAUGUGGCCCGGGCCCUCAUCCAUGCAGGAGGCUGCACCAAUGUAGCUGAUUAUCAGGGUGCCUCUCCAAUGCAUCUCGCUGUGAGGUACAACUUUCCCAUCCUGGUCCAGCUCUUCAUUGAUGCCGGCAGUGACCUGGAUGCCACUGACAACAGGCAGCAGACGCCCCUCCACCUUGCUGCGGAGCACGCCUGGCAGGACAUAGCGGAGAUGCUCCUGGUUGCGGGGAUUGACUUAAACUUGAGAGAUAAGCAAGGAAAAACCGCCCUGGCAGUGGCCGCCCGCAGCAACCAUGUCAGCCUGGUAGACAUGAUCAUAAAAGCUGAUCGUUUCUACAGAUGGGAGAAGGACCACCUCUCCUGCAGGGACCCUGGUGACCCCUCUAGGAAAAGCUUGACCUUUAAGCAAGACCAUCGGCAGGAAACAGAGCAGUUCCGCUCUGUGCUGUGGCGACUGGCCUCCAGGUACCUGCAGCCUCAUGAAUGGAAGAAGCUCGCGUAUUGCUGGGAGUUCACUGAGGCCCAUGUCUACGCCAUCGAGCAACAGUGGACAGGCACCAAGAGCUACCGGGAGCAUGGCCACCGGAUGCUGCUCAUCUGGCUGCAUGGCAUGGCUACAACCAGUGAGAACCCCAGCAAAGCGCUCUUCGAGGGCCUUGUGGCCAUUGGCAGGAGGGACCUGGCUGGUAAGAGCAUCCCCUGCAUAGCUCUUGCUCAGGGCAGCGCUGGGCCCCAGGGUCAGAGCUGCAUGGCCCCACUGGAAUGUGUCAGGGCUUUCCAAGGGCUACUCAAACCACAGGCUGUGGCGCUGGACCUGAACCUUCCAAAUUCCUGGUCCUCACCCUGCCUUUUUAUGGAGCUCACGUGGAGCCUUGGGCAAGUCAUGGUGCCUCCCAGCCCUGGUUUUCCCCUCUGUGUAAUGAGGAUGUUGGCCCAGAUGAUCCUUAAGACAUUCACAGCCCCAAAGCCACCGACGCUACAGUCUCUUCCUCUUCAGCCCUCUAUACUUUGUUUUUUCUAGUUUGUAAUAAGCCUGGAACAGCCUGCAGAGGUCUUUUUCAUAAACAUUAAGACAUAUGGGCCAGAAUGGCUUGGUAUGAGUUGAACCAGUCAGAUCUGGUCAAAUAAAAUUUUUGAAGCCAUCACAACCUUUGGAUCCUAGCUAUUAAACAAACAGAAUGUAAUAAGAAGAUUUUGGAAAAGGGCAAAAACAUUUUUUUUUUUUCAAUCCCCAAAGCUUGGUUAGGAAUUCAGGGCAUCUCAUCAGACAGGCAGGAUAAAAGGUUCCAGUACUAAUUCCUCAUUAAAAACAAGGUCAGCUCAUGGACAAAGCCUUAAAUACCAUAAUGUCCAUUAGCAAGAAGCUUUAUAAAAUGUCACAGGAUGAGGUAUUAGGCAGUCACCAAUAGUAGUGAAGGCUAUACUGGUCAUGUGGCAACAAGAAUAAACAUUGAUAGCAUGUUACUGAGGGCAAAAGGGAAAGCCCCUGGCAUGGUGGCUGUUCCACAGCUGCCACAGGCAGAGUAAGAAAACAGAGUCAUUUCAGACUGGAGGAAUUAGGUAUGACUUUUUUCUUUUUCCAAAAUAUUCUUAAAUAUUAUUGUUGCUGCUUUUAACACAAAUAUGGCAGCCUAUUAAAACCUAAAACUAGACUUAUGCAGCAGAACUUAGGCAGCAUGAGGCAA